AUGGCCAAGGUCCCGGAGCUGGAAGACGCCUUCCUGCAGGUGCAGGCUUCUCCCCAGGUUUCCCCCGAAGUCCAGGAGGAGUGUUGUGUGCAGCUCCUGAGCAAGGGUUUGCUCGUUUUCCCCGAAGAAAGGGUGUACCUGGCGGCUGAAGCGCAGCCCGGGGGUGCGCUGGGCAGCGGGGAGAAAGGGGACGACCCGGAGCUGCCGGUGGGAGUUAAAGCCGAAAUGCAUUUAAGCAAUGGUAACUUUUCCUCUGAAGAAGAGGUUGCGGACAAUCAAGACAGCAAAACCAAAGCAACCGAUCCACACCUCUCUCAGAAGAAAACCAUCACGCAGAUUAUGAAGGAUAAAAAGAAGCAGACUCAGCUCACCCUGCAGUGGCUUGAAGAGAAUUACAUUGUAUGUGAAGGAGUUUGCUUACCACGGUGCAUCCUUUAUGCACACUAUUUAGAUUUCUGCCGGAAAGAGAAACUGGAGCCAGCCUGUGCAGCCACCUUUGGGAAGACAAUUCGUCAAAAAUUUCCCCUCUUGACGACUCGGCGGCUUGGAACAAGAGGCCAUUCAAAGUAUCAUUAUUAUGGGAUUGGCAUAAAAGAGAGCAGUGCAUAUUACCACUCCGUUUAUUCUGGAAAAGGCCUGACAAGGUUUUCUGGAAGCAAGCUGAAGAAUGAGGGUGGCUUCACUCGUAAAUAUUCGCUUAGCUCAAAAACUGGAACACUUCUUCCAGAAUUCCCCAGUGCUCAACACCUUGUGUACCAAGGAUGCAUUUCUAAGGACAAGGUUGAUACCCUAAUAAUGAUGUACAAAACUCACUGCCAGUGCAUCCUGGACAAUGCAAUAAAUGGAAACUUUGAGGAGAUCCAGCAUUUCUUAUUACACUUUUGGCAAGGAAUGCCUGAUCAUCUUCUUCCCCUGCUUGAAAACCCUGUUAUCAUUGACAUUUUCUGUGUUUGUGACUCAAUUCUUUAUAAGGUUCUAACAGAUGUACUCAUUCCUGCAACAAUGCAAGAAAUGCCUGAAAGCUUAUUAGCAGACAUAAGAAAUUUUGCUAAAAAUUGGGAACAAUGGGUUGUUUCAUCCUUGGAAAAUUUGCCAGAAGCUCUAACUGACAAGAAAAUACCUAUUGUGCGAAGAUUUGUAUCAUCUCUGAAACGACAAACAUCUUUCUUACAUCUUGCACAGAUUGCCAGACCAGCUCUCUUUGACCAGCAUGUCGUGAAUUCUAUGGUAUCUGACAUUGAAAAGGUUGACUUGAAUAGUAUUGGAUCUCAGGCCCUUCUCACCAUUUCGGGCAGCACAGACACUGAAUCUGAUAUCUACACUGAAUAUGACUCUAUCACAGUGUUCCAAGAACUGAAAGAUCUCCUUAAGAAGAAUGCCACUGUGGAGGCUUUUAUUGAAUGGUUGGAUACUGUGGUAGAGCAGAGAGUUAUUAAGACCAGCAAACAAAAUGGAAGAUCGUUAAAGAAGAGGGCUCAAGACUUUCUGCUAAAGUGGAGCUUUUUUGGUGCUCGAGUAAUGCAUAAUCUCACCUUGAACAAUGCCUCUAGCUUUGGUUCUUUCCAUUUGAUCCGAAUGCUUCUUGAUGAAUACAUUCUGCUGGCCAUGGAGACCCAGUUUAAUAAUGACAAAGAGCAGGAGUUACAGAAUUUACUGGACAAGUAUAUGAAGAAUUCAGAUGCAAGUAAAGCUGCCUUCACCGCUUCUCCGAGUUCAUGCUUUCUGGCCAACCGUAAUAAAGGGAGCACUGUUCCCAGCGAUACCGUGAAGAAUGAAAGCCAUGUGGAAACAACCUAUCUUCCUCUAUCAUCCAGUCAGCCUGGAGGCUUAACCUCUGCUCUGCACCCAUUCCCUGCUGGGAACACAGACAACAUGCCGCUCACUGGUCCAAUGGAGCUUUCCCAGAGCUCUGGUCAUCUGAUGACACCACCCAUUUCUCCAGCCAUGGCGAGCCGAGGAAGCGUCAUUAAUCAGGGGCCGAUGGCAGGGAGACCCCCGAGUGUGGGCCCAGUAGUGUCAGCCCCAGCACACUGCUCAGCAUACUCAGAGCCUGUUUAUCCUACUCUCCCUCAAGCCAACCAUGACUUUUAUGGGACCAACUCUAACUAUCAGACUGUGUUUAGGGCACAGCCUCACACCCCAUCAGGACUCUAUCCUCAUCGCCCCGAGCACAGUCGAUGCAUGGUCUGGAGUGAACAGCAGCUUUCUAGAGACUUCUUCAGUGGCAGCUGUGCUGGGUCCCCAUAUAAUUCUCGGCCAUCUUCCAGCUAUGGACCAUCCCCACAUGGCCAAGAUUCACACAGUAUGCAGUUUUUAAAUACAGGAAGCUUCAAUUUCCUGAGCAACACAGGAGCUGCCAGCUGCCAAGGAGCAACAUUGCCUCCUAAUUCACCUAAUGGGUACUAUGGAAGCAAUGUGAACUACCCAGAGUCUCACAGACUGGGAUCGAUGGUGAAUCAACAUGUUUCUGUCAUCAGCAGUGUUCGCUCCCUGCCUCCCUAUGGUGACAUCCAUGAUCCACUCAACAUCUUAGAUGAUGGUAGUAGAAAGCAGACCAGCUCGUUUUAUGCAGACACACCAACUGCAGUUGCAUGUCGAACUCCUGUAGUAGCAUCCAGCUUGCAAACCCCAAUUCCUUCCUCCUCAUCCCAGUGUAUGUAUGGAACUUCCAAUCAAUAUCCAGUUCAAGAAACCUUGGACUCCCAUGGAGCAAAUGGUAGAGAAAUGGCAUCCUCUCUACCACCAAUCAACACUGUGUUCAUGGGAACAGCAGCUGGAGGCACUUAAGCCAGCACUGUUGGGUAGGGGUUGAAACUUGAAAAGUCUGUAGUGCUCACAUGCUAUCUACUCAGACCGCUGUCAGAGAAGGAAAAUGGAAUAUCCAGUGGCACAGUAUUGUUUUUCAGGUCACCGGUGUAAAACUAUGGACAACACCAUAGUGAAUGGUAAUAUUCGCAGAGUUUGCCUUGCACACAAGUUGUUUAGAAUGUGGUCCCGUUAUUAAUCAUAGUUUCAAACAUUAUCAAAUGGAACCAGUGGAGCUUUGAAGAUGCAGACAUUUCAACUCUGAAGAUUUAAUAUUUCACUUCUUAAUUUAUUGAAAAUCUGUGUGCUGUUUCACUUUUGGUUUUUAAAAAAGAGAAACAUUUAUUUAAUGCUUUUAAAAUACUUUUAAUUUAUUAGGAUCUCAGAAUCAUUGUUUACUAUCCCUUAUUUGACAAAAAGUCAAAUGUGUAUGGCUACCUCCUAUGGAAAUGUUUACAAGAUCAACACUUAAUUCAAUUCAGCCUCGACCAAAGUUGCUUGACUUUCAGUUUCCGUGCAUUAGUAUGAUGAUUUCUGUUACAUAGCAGUGUUCCAAUUCUAUGUAACUGAAUGGAGAUUAAAAAUGCUUUCCUUCUUUAUUUAAAAAAGAUAGGAAGAAAUAAAGUAUGGAAAUAUU